AUGCACAGCCAGCUGUGGUGUUUUAUUAUCAUCACCACACCAACCGAACCGGGAAAAACUAAAGGCCAAGGAACCAGUGCAGGGAACGAGAGACGGGCAGCAAUCCAAACUGGUCCCUCCACCGCCUCCUUUCACCUGAAAAGUGUAAGUAAAUGACGGUUACGUAUGUAACCACGGUUAUGUGAGUUAUUGGAUCGCUCCAAUAGGGUAUCCUUCCAUGUGGCAGGAUACAUUCCGAGUAAGAAUUUCAGAUUAGUCCCGUGUACCGGCUAGUGCUGCGGCUGACCCCCUAAAUAGCUGCCGCUGCACUACUUCCACCUCGUGUCUUUUUCGAGGCGCCGUAGAUCACAGACAAAGAGGAUUGGAGUUAUCCAAUAGCUCACAUAACCGUGGUUACAUACGUAACCUUAGUUAUGUAGCACUAUAUUGGAUCACUCCAAUAUGGUUUCACAAUACCAGAUGAAUCGGUGAACUAGGUAAGGGCCAGACCGAGAGCAACAAUGACUCGAUAGUACUUAGAGAAGGGUGCUAGACGAUGCCCAACUGGCCGAGGCACAAAUGUCAUUGAGGGGAACUUCUUGGAGCAGUGCCCACGAUGUAGCUCCUCUAGUAGAAUAUGCCACUACAGCAGACGGCAGAGGCCGGCUGGCCAGCUAAUAUGUUGUAGUAAUAGUGUCCACAAUCCAAUGUGAGAGUCUUUGUAUUGAUAGGCUCUGGCCCAGAACUCUCUAACCAUAGCAAAUGAAUAGCCGAACAGACUGUCGAAUUGUCUGUGUCUGUGUAAUGUAAGUGUCCAACGCCUUGACCCGGGCAGAGCACACUUGGGGAAAAAACACCCAGCUCACCCACAGCCGCGGGAGGAGCAUAUGCGGACAAAUGUAAGGGCUGGUUCACAUGUCUGUCAAACAGGACCUUCGGCAAGAAUGAGGGGUUAAGACGGAGGGUGACACUCAUCUUGUCUGGGCCCAUUCUGAAAAACAUUCAGUGCUCACUGAAAAGGCAUGAAGUUCACUCACCCUCUUAGUGGAGGUAAUAGCCAACAGGAAUGCCACCUUUAUGGAUAGGUGCUUCAAAGUCAUUGACUCUAGGGGCUCGAGGGCGGCUUAGCAAGCGCUGACAGCUCCACGUCAAUGUUCCAGUUUGGCACAGAGCGGGCCAUUGCUGGACACAGACGUCGAACUCCCUUCAUAAAUUUGGAGAGCAAUGGGUAGCCAGCCAUGGGUCCUUCUUGGCCUUCAUCAUGGCAUGCCGAGAUAGCGGCUAAAUACACUCUCAAUGUGGAUGCCACUCAUCCUGCAUCAAGCAGUGACUGUGAAAACUGUAAAACCGUUUACACAUAUGGCUCUCAAACCAGGUACAGAAUAUGCCCAACCGCAUUUGAUAUGACGCAUUGGUGGAAGAAACCGUGGCGCUCCACAACAUGUUCACAACACAUUGUGCUGAAGGCCUAGACUGGUCCACUAACACCUCUCAGAGGCCAAGCCCGAAGCUGGAGGUAGUGCGGGUCCGGAUGCCACAGUGUCCCCCCAGCCUGAAGAGAAGGUCGGGCCUCAUGGGCAGCUGGUCCCCGAGAGGAGAGACAACAGAAGGCUGAACCAUGGUGGUCUCGGACAGCAUGGAGCUAUCAAGAGCUGCUGGUGGCCAAUCAAGAUGACCCUGUCUAGUGUAACUGUGAUCAGGGGACAUGAUCGGAAAGCGUAAAGCGGCGUUGCUGGCCAAUCAUGAGCGAGGGCGUCCAGACCCAUAGGGUCCGACAUAGAGAUCCAGCUGGGGAAAUUUGUGCUCUUCCAAACCUGUCCCAAAGCUGUAGCACCACCUGAGGGUGUAGACUCUAGUAACCCCCCCCCCCCCCAUGGCAAGAGCUCCCGAGAAUUGGAUCAGGAAAUACUGUCCUACAAGGUAGGGCUGGAACUGUUGAAGAGCUAGGCGAACCACCCUGAGCUCCAGCACAUUGUUGUGUUGACCACUCCAUGGGGGGAUCCAGUGGCCAGCUGACUCUAAACACGGCACCAAAACCCGUCAGAGAGGCUUCAGUUGAGGCUUCAGUUCACACCAGCUCUCUGCGGUGGACUCUGAUCAGGUUCACCCCCUUUAACAGGAAGGAGCGUGAUAGCCACUUCGAUAGGGUCCUCAAACAUACACUCAUCACCAACAGUUGACGGUGUCUGUGUUGUUUUGGGUGCCGGCCAUGGGAGUUGAACCAUCGCUGGAGUGGCUUGAUGGAGAAUGCCCAGCGGAACCAACAGUGAAGCCACUGUCAGUAGGCCGAGUAACUGUUGGCACUCUAACACCGACAUGGCUUGUCCGAGCCGGAAACGGUUGAGGUACGAUAGGAUUUUGUUACUCUCACCUGAGGGAGACGUGCCCUCAUGAUAAUCGAGUCUAUGGACAUCCCAAGGUAGAUCACUUUCCGUGAGGGGGACAGGUGACUCUUCUCCUUGUUUAGGGUGAGGCCCAUAACUCGAAUGUGGUUCAAGAGGGUCCUUGUGUCCGUUGUGGCCUGUUCCCUGGAUUGGGCAGACUAUCCAAUCGUCCAGGUAAGGCAGUUACUCCUCCAGUAGAAUGUGCCACCACAGCAAAAGGCAAAGGCUGACGGGCCAGCCGAAAUGCUGCAGUAACAGUGUCCACCAUGCAAGUCCGGUCGGAUAGGCCCUGGCCCAAAACUCUCUCACCAUAGUUAACGAAAACUGACAAAGCUUUCGUAUUGCCUGUGUCUGUGAAAAGUGUCUAUUGCCCUAGCCGGGCACAACGCACUGGGGGAGGCCCCUAGUUCACCCGCAACAGCAAGAGAGGCGUGUGUGGACAACUGUAAUGGCCGUUUAACGUGUGUCAGACAGAACUAUUGGCCAGAAUGAGGUUUGGAUGUAGGUUGACACUCCAUCUGAACUCAUUCGGAAAUAUUCAGUCAACCAGGGCAUCAACACUAGAAGACCCUGAGACAUUUGAGGCGCCAGAACUAUAGCGGUGGCCAGCGUUGGAGUUCGUAGCCUUCCAUCACCACACUGCUUAGAUGUGGGCAGGGACACCUCGCAUUUCUCAAGGCAAAAAGCCAUACUGGAAAUGGUAGUUUCUCUCUGUGGGAAGAAGAGAUGGGUAGUAUACCCUGCAGUAUAACAAAUUAAUAUGGCAACCCCAGCUACACACUGCGUAAGACCAGCAGUGUAAUCUAGCUGUUAUGUGAGUUUCUAAGGGAAACUAGGAUAGUUACUGUCAGUACUGUAAACUAAUGUAACAAAACUAUAGUAAACCCAUCUAUAUACUGAAACCCUCAGCAUAAUAGAUCUGAGAUGUACGUUUCCAGGGGAAACUAGGAUAGUUACUGUCUUAACUGUAAGUACAACAGAACUAGUAACCCCAGCUACACACUGUGCAAGACCGCAGUGUAAUAGCUGAAAAGUGCGUUUCCAAGGGAACCUAGCAUAGUUACUGUAUGUAGCCUACUGUAAGUAGUGCAACAGAAAAACUAUAGUAAACCCAGAUACACUGUGUGAAAAAAACUGUAAUGAAAUAGAGCUGUCAGUUUCCAAUUAAGGAAUAGUUUACUGUCUGUACUGUAAAGUAGUGCAACAGAACUAUAGUAAACAUCUACACACUGAAUCCCUCAGUGUAAUAGAGCUGAGAUGUGAGUUGCCAAGGGAAACUAUGAUAGUUACUGUCUGUACUGUAAAACAACCCGGCCCGAAGGUAACAAUGCCAAAAAUACAAAUUCAGUCAAUUUGUUGGAACAACAGCGACACUAGGCAGUGGUAGUAGAUAUGUGCAACUAGUUAUCAUGACAAUAAUAAAGAGGGCUACAAAAGGUUUUGCAUAUUAUUUUUAUUUUUCAGUGGCAAGAGAAGCAGUGCAAACAUGAAAAAGUACACAGAAAAGGUAACAUUUAAUUUGGAUAGCAUAGUCCCCCUAGGUGUACAGAUCAACUAAUUAUUCAAUUAAUUAUAAACACACUUACUAGCUCUAACCACAACCCUUUAAUAUACCAUCUAAAUAAAGUCGGCCCAGAGAUAAUAAUAAUCUAAUAAUCGAUCAUUAGAUUAAACAUGAAGUGUUGUUAGACUAAAGCUCAGGUUAUAAAAAAUAUUGUAGUCAUGUUGCCUCUAACAUGUGUUUGGCUUCCAGGUGAACCCUGGUUCAGGAGGCAUCUGGGGGGCCGUGUAGCCUGCAGUGGGCUCGUAAAAGGGGUUUGGGAGUUCGUCAUCAAAGCAGCUCCACCUGGCCUCUCCACUCUUCCUGCAGCACGGGUAUGCCCUGGUCAUUACGGCAAACUCCUCGACACAGAACUUGGCGAGUGCAUUCUGCCACUGCAAGGAGAGAAACAUAGAGACAAGUAUAGAAUAACUUAAAAUAAAGGAUUCCAAUAUGCAAUAUAUUCAUAAAAAAUACACACACUCAUCAUCGACUCACAGCUUGCUGAGCACAGCACAGGAUCUGGACGUUUUGCUGGGCUACUUCUCCACUGCAGCACAUGCUGUACCAAGACUCCAAACGAUUUAUGGCUUUUCCACAGCGCCGGAAAAAACUGACACCAGAGCGAGGAAAGAAGCUAGGUGGAUACCGGGGUCGACUCUGUCCAUAGCGACAUAUGGCAGCAAGAUUCUGUAGGGUAGGGAAUGCAGGAGGGAAAGGGACGUCAGGCUCCUGCAGAGAGCCAAAAUUCUGGGUACCUGUGAAUAUAAUAAAAUGUAUGGGGAAAAAGAGGGAGCAUGAUAAAAUAUGAUACAUUCAGACAAUCUGUUUCAUAGCAGACAAAUAAUAGAUUUGAGUGUAAUCCCUUUCGAAAUUGUAUGAAAACAUUAUACAAUACCUCCAAGUUUUGCACAAUCAAGAGUCAGUAGUGCAAGUAACCAAGAACGUGCAAAAAAUCCAGCCGAAAUCAUGUUUUGUUUGUUGUUGUUGGAAGGAAAAAAAACUCAGUUCUCCUCUUCUGUGAGGUUCUGCAUGGGAGAUAGAAGUCUUCUGCUUUCCUUCAAGUUUGUCCAAGCUUUACUGUCCUCAUCUUCAACCUGCUUUUAUCCAACAGAUGGUAGGGGGAGUGAGUCCCGGGGCGUGCCACUCUCCUGAAUGUGAAAUGAUGCGAGCAGGGUGUAGAUACUGGAAAAGGAAGGACAGCAAGUACUGAGUACGUCACAGAUGAGUACCUGUAAUCAAAUGAGUGCUGCUAGGUCUUUCAUUAUAAUCUUGGAAAUCAUUGCAAAUGUUUGCGAUGUUAACCUUUCCUCCAUUUAUCUGGUCAAUUUGUCAGUAUAUGUCUGUUGUUUGUAACAGUGUGUUAUAUGUGAAAAUGUGAUUGUAUUAUAAAUUGUAUUUGAAUGUUUAAGGACUCUUGGAAGAUUAGUCCAAAUGAGGACUAAAAGAGAUCCUAAUAAAAUCAAAUCCGUCGGGUCAUAUAUCCACUCCUUUGGGCAUGACUUCAUAAAUAACAUGUAGGCCUUUUGCCAUAUGAUGAUCAGAUGUAGCCAGUUAGCCUAUCAUUCAUACCUGUUGACCUUUUAGGACUACGCUCUUUUAGAUUUGUUCCUAAAGGGGUACAAACGCUUGUCACUGGGGUGGUACCCUGUAAGGUACAUCCGUUGUACGUUUAGUUAUAGGUACAUAAUUGUACCCCAGUUCAUACCUCAGAUAGUACCUUUUUUUACAUAUAGUCCACAGGUACAAAAGCAUGCUUUUAGAAAGGUACAUUUAGCCUUUAUAGAGAACCACCACAGUGACAAAGCCAUUUGUUCCUUGAAAGUGGUACAACACUUCCACUAACGGGUGGCCAAAAAUAACUAACUGGAAACUAAGCCACACCUCCAAUAUAAUUUCCCAGUGUGCCUUCCAACUGGGCACAAACUGGUCGACUCAACAUUGUUUCAAAGUAAUUUGUCAACGUAUUGUGACAUGGAAAAUACAUUGCAAUCGAAAAAAGUUAUAAACUGUUGUUUUGAGGGUGAAAUUUAAACCACAGGAUUAUGUCAUCAUUAACCAAAUUUCAACAUAGACAAAUCUGUAUAAAAUAUGUUGAAUUUGCACCUUUAAAACUUCAGAUUUUCAACGUUAUAUCCACUCUGAGAAAAUAACAAUAGGCUGGGCAGCACCUACUGGAGAAUUGAUCGAGGCACUGGUCGAGGCACUGGGAAACUCCUGCUGCAUCCAUUUUCGUUUGGUGUGUGAUUCUGUGACGAGUACUGAGUAUACGAAGAGGCAGGCCGCAGACGCAGGAAUUAACAAGGUCAAGGUUUUCCUUUUCCAUUCCCCCCCCAAAAAACAACAAAAAUAAAACAAGGUCAAGGUUUUCCUAACAAUGAGAAAGAGAAAUAACAAAGAUAGCGUAAACAACAUGAAGCUUAACAAUCACACACAACAUCAUACAGAACAGUCCAGGGCUAAAUAGGGGUGGUGAUGAGAUGAUGAGGUGCAGGUGCGCUGGAGGUGAUUAGGGUGCUUUGGGUAUCCAUUCCGGUGUUGCCGAGGUGGUGCGCUCAGACCGGUGGCUCAGUAGACCGGCAAAUCAGAGCGCCAGAGGGGAGCAACGGGAGGAGACGUGACAUAGAUUAAUAUCUGCCUUGGCUUUUAAAAAAGUGUCUUUAUUUUCUCCUUCCUAUUUCUGCUCAACUAAAAGCCAUGUAGAUUAUACUUCAGGAUGUUAAUUUGGUGUGGCAUCAUAAAAAAAUAUAGGGUGACAUACUAUGUAGGGCUAGGUUUCAUAUCUUUGCAUUACCUGGUUUUAACCAAGCCCUGCUUAUAUUUGUCACUGACUAUUACCAAUGUGCUAUCGUGAGAAUGAUUGUUGAGAGAUCUCCACUUAAAAACUAAAUAGAUUGACUUUUGCUACCGAAGUCACUCCAAAGGGUAGGUUUAAAAGAGCAAAUUAAAUGUGACCAUGCUUUAUCACUCAUAUGGUGCCUUCAGAAGGUAUUCAUACCCCUUGACUUAUUCCACAUUUUGUUGUGUUACAGCCUGAAUUCAAAAUGGAUGAAAUCAAUAUUUUUCCUCACCCAUCUACACGUAGUGGCAAAGUGAAAACAUGUUUUCAGAAAGUUUUGCAAAUGUAUUGACAAUGAAAUACAGAAAUAUCUCAUUUACAUAAGUAUUCACACACCUGUGUCAAUACUGUGUAGAUCACCUUUGGGAGCGAUUACAGCUGUGGGUCUUUCUGGGUAAGUCUCUAAGAGCUUUCCACACCUGGAUUGUGCAACAUUUGCCCAUUAUUAUUUUCAAAAUUCUUCAAGCUCUGUCAAAUUGGUUGUUGAUCAUUGCUAGACAACCAUUUUCAGGCGGCAGGUAGCUUAGUGGUUAAGAGCGUCUGCUAAAUGACCAAUUUAUUUUUUAUUUAUAGUUUUUCAAGUAGAUUUAAGUCAAAACUUUAACUCGGCCACUUAGGAACAUUCACUGUCUUCUUGCUAAGCAACUCCAGUAGAUUUGGCCUUGCGUUUUAGGUUAUUGUCCUGCUGAAAGGUGAAUUCAUCUCCCAGUGUCUGGUGGAAAGCAGACUGAACCAGGUUUUCCGCUAGGAUUUUGCCUGUGCUUAGCUCCAUUCCGUUUAUUUUUUAUCCUGAAAAACUCCCCAGUCCUUAACUAUUAUAAGCAUACCCAGAACAUGAUGAAGCCACCACAAUGCUUGAAAAUUUGGAGAGUAGUACUCAGUAAUGUGUUGUAUUGGAUUUGACCCAAAUAUAACACUUUGUUUUCAGGACAAAAAUGUAAUGGCUUUGCCAUAUUUUUAGCAGUAUUACUUUAGUGCCUUGUUGCAAACAGGAUGCGUGUUUUGGAAUAUUUUUAUUAUGUACAGGCUUCCUUCUUUUCACUCUGUCAAUUAGGUUAAUAUUGUGGAGUAACUACAAUGUUGUUGAUCCAUCCUCAAUGUUCUCCUAUCACAGCCAUUAAACUCUAUCUGUUUUAAAGUCACCAUUGGCUUCAAGGUGAAAUUCAUGAGCGGUUUCCUUCCUCUCCUGCAACUGAGUUACGAAGGAUGCCUGUAUCUUUGCAGUGACUGGGUGUAUUACUACACCAUCCAAAGUGUAAUUAAUAACUUCACCAUGCUCAAAGGGAUAUUCAAAGUCUGCUUUUUUUUACCCAUCUACCAAUGGGUGCCCUUCUUUGUGAGUCAUUGGAAAACCUCCCUGGUCUUUGUGGCUGAAUCUGUACAGAUAAUUGUAUGUGUGGGGUACAGAGAUGAGGUGGUAGUCAUUCAAAAAUCAUGUUAAACACUAUUUUUAUUUUUGUAUUUUACCCUUAUUUUACCAGGUAAGUUGGCUGAGAACACAUUCUCAUUUACAGCAACGACCUGGGGAAUAGUUACAGGGGAGAGGAGGGGGGAUGAAUGAGCCAAUUGGAAGCUUGUAUCGAUGCAACUUAUUAUGUGACCUGUUAAGCACAUUUUUACUCCUGAACUUAUUUAGGCUUUACCAUAACAAAGGGGUUGAAUACUUUGACAUUAUGGGGUAUUGUAUGUAGGCCAGUAAAAAAAACAAAGUAACAUUUAAUAUAUUUUAAAUUCAGGAAGUAACACAACAAAAUUUGGUGUCACGGAUUCAGCCGAGGUUGCUCCUCCUCCUUGCUCGGGCAGGCUUCGGCGUUCGUCGUCACCGGAGUACUAGCUGCUACCGAUCGAUGUUUCUAUGUUCUACUUGUUUUGUCUUCAUUGUACACACCUGGUUCCCAUUAUGUCUAUGAUUUGUUCCCUAUUUAACCCUCUGGCUCCCACUGUGUUGUGUGCGUGUUUGUUCUAUGUUUGGUGUUAUCGACUGGUGAGCGGGAUUGUCCUCCCUGCGUGGAGUUUAUGUUCAUUUGUUAUUUACGAGUAAAGUACGUUGUCUACUAGCUCUGUGUCCUGCGCCUGACUCCGUCCUACCGCUACACACUGACGCCUGACAUUUGGAGAAACUCAAGAGGUGUGAAUACUUUCUGAAAGCGCUGUAUAUCAUAAAUUAUGCUAUUUAGGCCUAUAAUAAUAUAAUAGCCAUAUUUAGAAAAAACUAAGUUCCAAAGACUGGACCUAUAAGUGUGUAUAAGCGAUCAUACAAGAGGUUUUGCAAUGAUUCCCAUGUCGAAGAUGUGAAAAAUAUUUGUUGGUCUGAUGUGUGUAAUGAGGAACAAUUUGAAGCAUUUAUGAAAUAGCUUCUUCCGACUACUGAUAGGCAUGCGCCCAUCACGAAACUGACAGUAAGAACUGCCAAAUCCCCAUGGAUAGAUGAGGAAUUUAAAAACUGUAUGGAGAGUGAUAAGGCAACGGGAAUAGCAAAUAUGUCUGUCAACACACCAGAUUGGCAAACAUACAGUAAAUUGAGAAAUCAUGUAACUAAACUAAACAAAAAGAAGAAGAAACUAUACUAUGGAACAAAGAUAAAUAGUAUACAGAAUGAUAGUAAAAAGCUCUGCAGUAGGCCACCUUAAAAAUUACAAUAAAAAGCUCCAUCCUGAGCUCCAUCUUUCAUUGAGGCAGAUGGCUUGUUCAUAACAAAACCCUUUGAUAUUGCCAAACACUUUAAUAACUUUUUUGUUGACAAGAUUAGCAAACUUAGGCAUGACAUGCAAACAACAAAUGCUGAGCCUUCAUAUUCAUGCAUAACCAACCAAAUAAUGAAAGACAAGCACUGUAGUUUUGAAUUCCGCAAUGUUAGUGUGGGAAAGGUGAACAAAUUAUUGCUGUCUAUCAAUAAGUACAAACCACCUGGUACCAACAACCCGGACAGCCGACCAAUCAGCCUGUUACCGGUGCUUAGCAAACUUUUGGAAAAAAUGGUUUUAGACCAAAUACAAUGUUAUUGUACAGAAAACUAAUUAACAGACUUUCAGCAUGCUUAUAUGGAAGGGCACUCAACAUGCUUGGCACUGACACAAAUGACUGAUGAUUGGCUGAAAUAAAUUAAUAAGAAGAAGAUUGUGGGAGCUGUUUUAUUAGACUUCAGUGCAGCUUUUGAUAUCAUUGAUCAUAAUCUAUUGCAAAAAACGUGUGUUAUGGAUUUACAUUCUCUGCUUUAUUUUACAUUUUAGUCAUUUAGCAGACGCUCUUAUCCAGAGCGACUUACAGUUAGUGAAUACAUAUUUUUUUUAUACUGGCCCCCCGUGGGAAUCGAACCCACAACCCUGGCAUUGCAAACACCAUGCUCUAUCAACUGAGCUACAUCCCUGCCGGCCAUUCCCUCCCCUACCCUGGACAACGCUGGGCCAAUUGUGCGCCGCCCAUGAGUCUCCCGGUCGCGGCCGGCUGCGACAGAGCCUGGAUUCGAACCAGGAUCUCUAGUGGCACAGUUAGCACAGCGAUGCAAUGCCUUAGACUACUGCGCCACUCAGGAGCCCCUUUAUCAUGGAUUGAGAGUUACCUAUCUAAUAGAACACAGAGGGUUUUCUUUAAUUUAAGCCUCUCUAAUGCACAUUUCGGUUGAGUGUGGUGUACCGCAGGGCAGCCGGCUUGGGCCAGUAUUGUUUUCUGUUUUUACUAAUGACCUUCUACUGUGUCUAUGUACACUGAUGACUCAACAGUAUAGACGUAAGCUACAACAGUAAAAUAAAUAACUGACACCCUUAACAUAGAGCUCCAGUCAGUUUUAGAAUGCGUAACUAGCAAUAGGCUGGUGCUAAAUAUCAAAAAAACUAAAAGCAUCAUUUUUGGGACAAAUCACUCACUCAACACUUAACCUUAUCUAGAUCUAUUAUUGAAUAAUGUGACGAUUGAGCAAGUUGAGGAGACUAAACCGCCGGGUGUAAACCCUAGAGAGCAAGCUGGCAUGCUCAAAACAGGCCUUAGUUUUGUUGCACCUGGACUACUGCCCAGUUGUGUGGUCAGGUGCGGCAAAAAAGGACAAAGGCAAAUUGCAGUUGGUCCAGAACAGAGCAGCACAUUUUGCACUUAGAUGUACACAGAGGGUGAAUGUCAAUAACAUGCACGUCAAUCUCUCCUGUCUCAAAGUUGAGGAGAGAUUGACUGCAUCACUAUUGGUCUUUGUGCGAGUUGUUGAAGGUACCGAACUGUUUGUUCAAGCAGUUGGCACACAGUUUGGACACUCAUCGGUACCACACAAGACAUGCAACCAGAGGUCUCUUCACAGUCCCCAGGUCCAGAACAUUGUCUGGAAAAUGCACAGUAUUAAAUAGAGCCAUGACUACAUGGAACCUUCUGCCACCUCAGGUAACUCAAGCUAGCAAUAAAACCUGAUAAAGAAAUUGAUAAAAGAACACCUUAUGGCACAACAGGGACUGUGAGGAGACACACAAAAUGUUUUAUGUAUUUUGCAUUGCAUUAUGUAUUGCGUUAUGUGAUGUGUGGUUGUCUCGCCUGGCUAUCUUGAGAUGAAUGCACUAGCUGUGGGUCGCUCUGGAUGGGAGCAUCUACUAAAUAACUAAAUUGUGAUUUAAAUGUAGUGCUAUGUGUAUUUUAUGUAUUUUAUCUGUUGUGUUUUGAUUUUUGCUUUGACCUCGUGGUUGCGUUGACAACCAAAAACGAUUCAAUAUCACUUUUGAAAUAUAAGAAAUAGCCUAUUACCUUGUUAACAAAUUCUAUUUUUUACAUUUUAGUCAUUUAGCAGAUGCUCUUAUCCAGAUCGACUUACAGUUAGUGAGUGCAUACAUUUUCAUACUGGCCCCCCGUGGGAAACGAACCCACAACCCUGGCAUUGCAAGCGCCAUUCUCUACCAACUGAGCUACAGGGGACUAUAUGUUGGAUUCAUGUCUCCAACUCAACCGAAAAUACAAGUCAAAGAAUGGGAAGCUAGUAUGCUCAUAUGGAACUAUCCAAGCAGUAGAUACAUCUCCUUUAAAUGUUGGUAUUUGGUUAUGCUGUCAACCAAACACAAUUCAAAAUUACUUUUGCAAUACAAUAAAUAGCCUAAAGUUAAGGCUAUCUUACAAACUAAUGUAACAUUCAACCUUAAAGUGAGUAAUACAUCCAUGGCCACAUUUUGAGGUUACUGUAACUAUCGAUUUCUUCUUAUGUAAUUAAAUAAAGCUAUGUUCAAGAUAGCAUGCAUAGGUCAUCGAAGGUCUGUUGAGAUCUUCACAAUUGCUGUAAUAAUCUGUGCAGAAUCUCAAACGCCAUUGGUCACUUGCACCAUAUACUUUGAAUGUAAUCUAACUGCAUUCCAGGUCAACCUCCCGAGUGGCGCAGUGGUCUAAGGCACUGCAUCGCAGUGCUAGCUGUGCCACUAGAGAUCCUGGUUUGAAUCCAGGCUCUGCUGUAGCUGGCCGCAACCGGGAGACCAAUGGGGCGGCGCACAAUUGGCCCAGCGUCGUCCAGGGUAGGGGAGGGAAUGGCCGGCAGGGAGGUAGCUCAGUUGAUAGAGCAUGGCGUUUGCAACGCCAGGGUUGUGGGUUCGAUUCCCACGGGGGGCCAGUAUGAAAAAAAAAAGAUGAAUGUAUGCACUAACUGUAAGUCGCUCUGGAUAAGAGCGUCUGCUAAAUGACUAAAAUGUAAUUUGGAUCUGCUAUUAGAUGAAGCACUGUGAUAACACAUUCAUCUAAUGCAAAUGUCAAACUCAUUCCAUGUUGAAAUUACGUAGUGUGCCCAGCAUCUUCGAGUGAACUGUAUAGUUACCACCCAUGACUGUAUUUGUUAGUGACAAAGACAUGGUUGUUGUAUUCUUUCAUUUCCAGUCCUGUGGCCAAGACCAAAUGAGUUCCUAGGCUAAUGUUAUCAUUAAAAUUGAACUCUUUAUGACAAUCCAUUACAUAUCUCAUAAGGCCUUAUUUUACCCUAACACAGUGGCCUGAACCUAAUGGUUUACAGGCCACAUCAGGCCUGCAAGUGGGGUUGCAAAAUUCCAGUAACUUUCCCCAAAUUCCCAGAAAUCCUGGUUAAAAGGAUUCUGGAUUUACUACGUCAAUUUCUCUCAUUUCCAGGAAUAUUCUAACUGGGAUUUCUGGAAAACCUGGGAAAUUUGGGAAAGUUACCAGAGUUUGAAACCCUACCUGCUGGCUUGCAAAGUGAUGUGUAAUUCCUAUCAGAAUCCAGCCAGUUAAGAUAUCCAACAGUUGGAAUUUUUAUUCACCCACAACCUGCAUUAAGAAUGACUGCCAGGGUUAGGACCAAUGUGAGGAGACGACCUAAGCCAUUUAAACUGGAACAACCAUUUCAGUAAUGGGUGCAACAAAAAAUCUAACUAACUGAUCAGAUUAGUUUAGACAAAUGUAUGUUAUUUAUAUUUGUGCAACAUAAGAUUAAUCAAUCAAUAUACAUGCAAAAACACAUAUCAAAAACAUAUUUUUAAAACAAUCUACCUGCAGUAGAGCAUGCUGGGAAAUAUGAUAAUGAUUAUGGUUCAAAUUUGCCUUUUUAGGGUACCAGUGACAAAGCCGUUCGUUUAUUUUAGGUCGCAAAAAUUCAUAGUUGUACCUUAUGGUAGAUACAAAUAUGUACCUUUCUUCAAUACAUAGCUUUUCUGCUAAGCAAAGGUACAGAUCAGUACCAUCGAGUUGAGGGUACACAAAAUACGUUUGUACCCUGGGAAAGAGAAAUGUAUUGUAAAUUGAGAGUGAGAGUGUGAUGAUUGUACCUUUUUUAUAUAAAAAAUAUUGGGUACAAACAUGUACCAUUAUACUAGAUUAUCCGCACAUGUCCCCUAAAAGGUACCGAACAGUACCGUGUGAGAUCAUAUGUGUACCUCUGAAGGUACAUUAUGUGUAUUUUGAUGUUAUUGUACCCCAGGGAACAAUACUUGACCCUUAUUUCUAAGAGUGUACAGAUCGGACAUAUUUGUAGGCCGUACUUACAUAUUGAAUGCCUGUGAUAUACAAGAAAUACUGCCUCAUGAUAUCUCAGUCACAAAAUUACCUGUUUCCACUUUGUCACACUCCUGUCCAUCACCACCAUUGCCUGAUUGGCAACAUUGACCUUGAUGGUUAGCCCAUCAAUAGCAUCCCUUUUAUUGUUGUAGUCCAUAUGUUUCUUCAUUGCCAACUUGUCAAACAUGAGCGCCACAUUUCUCUCAUUCCUCAUCAGUCAACCUGGUCUCAGAGCAUUUUAUAUUAUUCUGUACGUAAAUCUGAGAUACUCCAUUUAGUAUGAUGUUACGUUUCGUAUGAUAUGUAUUCAUUUGUGGAUGUCAAUCACCCAUUUCGCAUGAUAUGUUACGAAUUACAAUUCGUAUUAUAUGUUACAAAUUAGCAAAACAUACAAUAUGUUACAAAUUUGCAAAACUUGUGAUAUGUUACGAAUUCUAGCUAAGUGGCUAGGUGGCUAAUGUUAGCUAGGCUAGGGGUUAGGGUUAAGUUUAGGAGGUAGGUUAAAGGGUUAAGUUUAGGGUUAAGGGAAGGGUUAGCUAGAAUGGUUAAGGUUAGGGUUAGGUGAAAGGUUACCUAAAAGGGUUAGGGUUAGCGGAAGGGUUAGCUAACAUGCUAAGUACAGCGCAUACACUUUAUCCACAUUUUGUUACGUUAUAGCCUUAUUCUAAAAUGGAUUAAACAGAUGUCUUUCCUCAUCAAUCUACACACAAUACCGCAUAAUGACGAAGCAAAAACUGUUUUUUAGAAAUGUUUGCAAAUGUAUAAAUAAAUAAAAACUGAUAUCACAUUUACAUACAGUGAGGGAAAAAAGUAUUUGAUCCCCUGCUGAUUUUGUACGUUUGCCCACUGACAAAGAAAUGAUCAGUCUAUAAUUUUAAUGGUAGGUUUAUUUGAACAGUGAGAGACAGAAUAACAACCAAAAAAUCCAGAAAAAUGCAUGUAAAAAUUUUUAUAAAUUGAUUUGAAUUUUAAUGAGGGAAAUAAGUAUUUGACCCCUCUGCAAAACAUGACUUAGUACUUGGUGGCAAAACCCUUGUUGGCAAUCACAGAGGUUGGACGUUUCUUGUAGUUGGCCACCAGGUUUGCACACAUCUCAGGAGGGAUUUUGUCCCACUCCUCUUUGCAGAUCUUCUCCAAGUCAUUAAGGUUUCGAGGCUGACGUUUGGCAACUCGAACCUUCAGCUCCCUCCACAGAUUUUCUAUGGGAUUAAGGUCUGGAGACUGGCUAGGCCACUCCAGGACCUUAAUGUGCUUCUUCUUGAGCCACUCCUUUGUUGCCUUGGGUGUGUGUUUUGGGUCAUUGUCAUGCUGGAAUACCCAUCCACGACGCAUUUUCAAUGCUCUGGCUGAGGGAAGGACGUUCUCACCCAAGAUUUGACGGUAUAUGGCCCCGUCCAUCGUCCCUUUGAUGCGGUGAAGUUGUCCUGUCCCCUUAACAGAAAAACACCCCCAAAGCAUAAUGUUUCCACCUCCAUGUUUGACAGUGGGGAUGGUGUUCUUGGGGUCAUAGGCAGCAUUCCUCCUCCUCCAAUCACGGCGAGUUGAGUUGAUGCCAAAGAGCUCCAUUUUGGUCUCAUCUGACCACAACAUUUUCACCCAGUUCUCCUCUGAAUCAUUCAGAUGUUCAUUGGCAAACUUCAGACGGGCAUGUUUAUGUGCUUUCUUGAGCAGGGGGACCUUGCGGGCGCUGCAGGAUUUCAGUCCUUCACGGCGUAGUGUGUUACCAAUUGUUUUCUUGGUGACUAUGGUCCCAGCUGCCUUGAGAUCAUUGACAAGAUCCUCCCGUGUAGUUCUGGGCUGAUUCCUCACCGUUCUCAUGAUCAUUGCAACUCCACGAGGUGAGAUCUUGCAUGGAGCCCCAGGCUGAGGGAGAUUGACCGUUAUUUUGUGUUUCUUCCAUUUGCGAAUAAUCGCACCAACUGUUGUCACCUUCUUACCAAGCUGCUUGGCGAUGGUCUUGUAGCCCAUUCCAGCCUUGUGUAGGUCUACAAUCUUGUCCCUGACAUCCCUGGAGAGCUCUUUGGUCUUGGCCAUGGUGGAGAGUUUGGAAUCUGAUUGAUUGAUUGCUUCUGUGGACAGGUGUCUUUUAUACAGGUAACAAGCUGAGAAUAGGAGCACUCCCUUUAAGAGUGUGCUCCUAAUCUCAGCUCGUUACCUGUAUAAAAGACACCUGAGAGCCAGAAAUCUUUCUGAUUGAGAGGGGGUCAAAUACUUAUUUCCCUCAUUAAAAUGCAAAUCAAUUUAUAACAUUUUUGACAUUGACAUGAUUUUUUUGUUGUUAUUCUGUCUCUCACUGUUCCAAUAAACCUACCAUUAAAAUUAUAGACUGAUCAUUUCUUUGUCAGUGGGCAAAUGUACAAAAUCAGCAGGGGAUCAAAUACUUUUUUCCCUCACUGUAGUAUUAAAGGGAGUGUUCCGGAUCUACGUACAGAAUAAUACUAAAUACUCUGUGACCAGGUUGCAUCAGUAGUUCCAUCAUUUCAAUGAAUGAACAAGAGGAAAAACUAAUAUCUUAUCUUAUGUCCAGACCAGUGGAGGCUGCUGAGGGGAGGACGGCUGGAAUGGAGUGAAUGGAAUGGGAUCAAACCAUGUGUUUGAUGUAUUUGAUACCAUUCCACUCAUUUCGCUUCAGCCAUUACCACAAUGUCAUCCUCCCCAAUUAAGGUGCAACCAACCUCCUGUGGUCCAGACCAUUUACUCAUGUAGGGGGCCACCAAUAAUAUUAAACUGGUUAUGGUGGUCACUCAGGGAUACAAUAAUAGGGUGAAGUACCAAGAAUAAAGUCUGCCACAAACUCCAUUAUUUAAGUACAAAGUUAGCUGUGUCAGUGAAUAAUAGCCUGUUCUGCUGACAAAGGAAAAUAACUGGGGGAGGUUGCUGUGCACAGCACAGAAUACACAUUCUAUGGCCUACCUAAAGCGUUAGUCAGUCGAGCGUUCCUUGUCUUCAUUACAAGAACAUUCAGUCAUCAUACCCCUAAAACAAAACAAAAUGUUCACUUUGUGCCAAAAUGCCCAGUUUUCUAUUGCACCAUGACAACUUUGGUAAGCACACAGGCUUUAGUUUACACAAGCACUAGCACACUCACAUGGUCUCCAUGCAGAUAGUAUCCCACAGGCCUCAUUCAAGAAACUGGCAUCCUGUCAAGGACACAUGAUGACAUGAGCAAAUGUUUCAUGUUACAAAAAUAGCUCUUGCAAACCCACAUUUUUAUGUUGAAGGUUAUUAUGACAACACAUUGUGAUUAAGCCUACUGGAUUGGCCUUAUCAAAAUAAAACAAAAAACAAAAUAAGAAUUCUUGUUUUGCCUCUUGACAAAUAGAAAAAUAUGCUUUAUUGUCACGUACAACGUAUAGGUGCCGUGAAAUGUGUUGUUAUAAAUAGUUUACCUGUCCAUGUUGAACUUGUAACCUGAGAAAGUGGAUCUUGAUUGCAAUAACUUUCCCUUUUAUCUACCUAAUGUCUGUGAAACAAUGAAAUGUGUGUUCUGCACAAUGUUAAUUUUUACUUUUAACAAUGUCAAACAAUGUCUCCAUCCAUCAUUUGAUAAUUUGAGUGUGUUGUGUUUAAAGUUCCUGUAGGGUGUGACUAAAGCCAUGUUUUCAUUCACCACCCUGAACAUAAAUAAUGUAAAUGUUAUUCAAUAGCAUUGCAUACAAUUUCCUCAGUAGCGAAUCAGAUAAAGACCAUGACUCACCAGCUCUGAAAACCAAUAGGUUAGAGGUGAAAAUUGUUGGGAAACAUAGCAAUAAAAAAACAUAAAACAUUGGUUCCACAUCCUUUGAAAUGAAUGCAUAAAGAGAUUAUGUAACCAUCACAUGAUUAUGUUAAACAACACAUUUGUGAGGAGAUGCAUUAGCCAAGCGGGUUUGAACCUCAGCGGUAGGGGAGAGUGGGGUAAGUCGUGCCAAAGGGUUAGUUGUGCCACCCCUUGAUUCUAGGAAACCAUACACCAAAUUAAUAAUGUAGAGGUCAUCAUUGCAUUGAGUCUGUGAAGGCAGAAACCACAUGGAAAAUGUGGUAAGCAAGUUAGGUCUAAAAAACGGAUUUAACCUAGUCAAAAUAAUGUAUUGUGUUAUAGGUUUCAUGAUGCUUGUAUCUCAACCAAAGUAGAUAGUUUUAAGACUGUUUUGUACAUCAGUUGGGAUCUCUAUAAGCUACAAUAUGAGGUCCUAAACCUAGCAUGAAAGCAGAGGCAGCUGGUGGGAGGAACUAUAGGAGGAUGGGCUCAUUGUAAUGGCUGGAAUGGCAUUAAUGGAAUGGAGUCAAACAAAUGGUUUCCAUAUGUUUUUUUAGUACUAUUAUUAUUAAUUUUUUUAGGGGGUAGAUCAGCUUUAAUAUUGCAGAUAGAUUGUAACUUCCAUCAAUGUAAUUGUCUGCAUCACUUCCAAUCCCCCUUAUGUUUUUUUCCCCUCGCAAAUAUAUAUAUACAUACAUUUACAUUUUAGUCAUUUAGCAGACGCUCUUAUCCAGAGCGACUUACAGUUAGUAUUGUAUAUAUAUAUAUAUAUAUAUAUAUAUUUUUUUUUCAUACUGGCCCCCCGUGGGAAUAGAACCCACAACCCUUGCGUUGCAAAUGCCAUGCUCUACUAACUGAGCUACAUCCCUGCCGGCCAUUCCCUCCCCUACCCUGGACGACGCUGGGCCAAUUGUGCGCCGCCCCAUGGGUCUCCUGGUCGCGGCCGGCUACGACAGAGCCUGGAUUUGAACCAGGAUCUCUAGUGGCACAGCCUUAGACCACUGCGCCACUCGGGAGACGUACAUACACAUCCUUUAAAAAAAUAUAUUUCCCUUUAUUAUCUUCCAACCCCACCUCCCAUUUUAGUCAUUUAGCAGACGCUCUUAUCCAGAGUGACUUACAGGAGCAAUUAGGGUUAAGUGCCUUGCUCAAGUGCACAUCGGCAGAUUUUUCACCUAGUCAGCUCAGGGAUUAGAACCAGCGACCUUUCGGUUACUGCCACAAAGCUCUUAACCACUAAGCUACCUGCCACCCCUUCCCUAUUUGGAGUAAACUAGUGAACAAUAACGCUUAGGCCUCUACUUCCAUUUUAUACAUACUAUAUACAUUUUCCUCUACUUCCUCUACCCUCAACCUCUCCGAUCAUUUUCAUGAUGUCCAUCCGGUUUGCUUCUAUAUGCCAUAUCUUUCUAACUGUGCUCUUUCACAAAAGCUCUCAACCUAUAACCUAUAUACUUAUUAUGCUUAUUAUGGACACAGUAUGCUUACAUUAUUAGUUAUAUUGUUGUUAUUGCUUGUUGUUUGAUGUUAUUAGUCCCAUCCUUCAACUCCAUUCAACACCACCCAUCUAUCUCUUAAUACCAUCCAUAUUGGAUUUCUAUUUGCCAUAUAUUUUUCAACUGUACUGUGUUGUUUUACAAAAGUUCUCAUUGUUUCUACAGAUUGUAAAUUGAAAAUAAACAUUUUUGCUAAAAGUAUUAUUAUAUUAUUGAUCGAUUGACUAUGAUUUUUCAGAUCAACCAGUAAUGCUAUCUGCAGGGUUAGCUCCAGGUAAAUAUUGCAAUCCUUUAGCCAUUCCUGGACCUGUGUCCAAAAACAAACUACAAAUGGACAGUACCAAAACAAAUGAUCUAAUGAUUCUGUCUCUUCGCAGCAAAAUCUGCAGAGCUGGGAAGAUUGUAUCCCCAAUAAAAAUAACAUUCUCCCAAUAUAAAUAACAUUCUAUUGGUUGCAAGAAUUGUAUAUAAUAAUUUAAAUUGAACAAUUCAACAUUUUGAAUCCGGUGACGUUUUGCGUAUCAGUUCAUAAACACUAUGCCAUGGGAUCGGUACGUCAAAAAUCUCUUCCCAACUAUUUUGCAAUCUAUAUGGGACGGCUGUCAAUCUUUUGGUCCUUAAAUGAAACUGGUAUACUUUUUUAUUUAUCACAGUUUUCUUUAACCAAUUAUGUUCUUUAAUGCAAGGUCGACAGACAAGUUCCUUACUUUUUCCCCCUUCCACUUUCCUCUUCCAUUUUUGCUGUAAUGCUGCAAUUAUUUGGUUGUAAUUUUGGGUAGAGCAGACAUUUCCAUAUGUUUUUGUUAGCUGCAUGUGCGACAUGACUCCACCAGUCCCACCGAUGAGAUCAUUUACGAAGAUUUUGAAACAUAAAAAAAAAGCAGGUUUUUUAUUCAUUAGUAUAUUUGAGUUUAACCACAAUAUUUGUUGCAUUAUUUGUUCUGUCAUUUCUGGAGGAUUAAAUGUAAAUUGCAACCAACUUUCUAUGGCUUGUUUUAGAAAUAGUGAUAUUUGGGAGAGGAUUUCCUUUUCAAAUAACUGAAAGUGAGAGGUUGUAAUCUGAAUAAAGGGUAAAAGGCCAUUCUUGAACAUUGGGUGAGACAAUCUUACUAAUUUGCUAGAGAACCAGUUCGGAUUUAAGUAUAACUUUUGUAUGACUGAAGCUUUUAGUGAUAGGUCUAAUGCUUUAAUAUUUAAUAAAUUCUGUCCUCCGAAUUCAUAUUCAUUAUAUAAAUAGGCCCGUUUAAUUUUGUCUGGCUUGCCGUUCCAAAUAAAAGGAAUAUUUUUUUCUCAUAUAAUUUAAAAAACUGUUCACUGUUCAAUAGGUAAACUGGGAUAAUACUAAAGAUUUAAUCAGGGUGAUUUUCCCACAAAUUGACCUUUCCAUGGUAGCAAGAUCUUUUCUAUUUUUGCUAACUUUCUAUUAAAAUGUAUUGGAGUGAGAUAAUUUAUUUCAUUUGGGAUAUGUUAUUGGUAAACUACAUGGUAAAUGUACAUUUUUAAUUUUUUAGUGAUCCAAUACGUAAUAUAGUACAUUUAUCAUAAUUUGGUUGUAAUCCAGAGAUGUUAGAAAAUGUAUCUAGAUUUUCUAUGAGGCUGUGGAGGGAUUCAAGUUAAAAGAAAACAUGAAUCAUCAGCGUACAAUGACACCUUUGUUUUUAAGCCCUGGAUUUCUAAUCCCUUGAUAUUAUUGUUGGAUCUGAUUUUAAUAGCUAACAUCUCGAUGGCCAUAAUAAAUAGAUAUGCCGAUAGUGGACAACCUUGUUUCACUCCUCUUGACAGGUUAAAACUUUCUGAGAAAUACCCAUUAUUUACUAUUUUACACCUAGGGUUACUAUACAUGAUUUUAAUCCAAUUUAUAAGAGAUUCUCCAAAAUUGAAAUGCUCCAGGCAUUUAUAUAUAAACUCCAGUCGUACUUUAUCAAAUGCCUUUUCGAAGUCUGCAUGUUUGUUUCCAUAUGUUUGAUGUGUUUGAUAUGGUUCCAUUAAUUCCAUUCCAGUUAUUACAAUGAACCCGUCCUCCUAUAGCUCCUCCCACCAGCCUCCACUGCAUGAAAGUGAAUCUUUGCUUUAGGUAAAUUGUGCCAUUUGGCCAGGGUCAAGUUGAGCCAAUGGCUAAUCAUGCUUACCCAGUCCCUAUGCUCAAUUUACCCCAUGCCCAGGGUUAGUUGCGCCAUUUUUUGGGACAAGCUAUGUUUUCAAAACUGUUAUGUUUACAUUUACAUUUUAGCAGACACUCUUAUCCAGAGCGGCUUACAGUUAGUGAGUGCAUACAUUUUCAUACUGGCCCCCCGUGGGAAACUAACCCACAACCCUAGCGUUGCAAGCGCCAUGCUCUACCAACUGAGCUACACGGGACAUGAGUUCUGAUUAUUUCCAGGAAUACACAACAUCCUGAAAUACACUGAGUGUAAAACAUUAGGAACACCUGCUCUUUCCAUGACAUAGACUGACCAGGUGAAUCCAGGUGAAAGCUAUGAUCCCUUAUUGAUGUAACCUGUUAAAUCCACUUCAAUCAGAUCAGAUGAAGGUUAAAGAAGGAUUUUUAAGCAUUGAGACAAUUGAGACAUGGAUUGUGUAUGUGUGCCAUUCAGAGGGUGAAUAGGCAAGACAAAAUAUUUAUGUGUCUUUGAACGGGGUAUGGUAGUAGGUGCCAGGCGCACCAGUUUGAGUGUGUCAAGAACUGCAAUGCUGCUGAGUUUUUCACACUCAGCAUUUUCCCAUGUCUAUCAAGAAUGAUCCACCACUCAAAGAAAUCCAUAAACCAGAAAAUAUUCAGAAAAAUAUUAAAUCCACCGUUUGCACAGAAUGAUAAAAUGGAUACAAUUAUUAUUUUUCCUCAUCAAUCUACACACAAUACCCCAUAAUGACAAAGCAAAUGUAUUACAAAUAAAAAACAGAAAUACCUUAUUUACAUAAGUAUUCAGACCCUUUGCUAUGAGACUCGAAAUUGAGCUCAGGUGCAUCCUGUUUCCAUUGAUCAUCCUUGAGAUGUUUCUACAACUUGAUUUGAGUCCACCUGUGGUAAAUUCAAUUGAUUGGGCAUGAUUUGGAAAGGCACACACCUGUCAAUAUAAGGUCCCACAUCUGACAGUGCAUGUCAGAGCAAAAACCAAGCCAUGAGGUUGAAGGAAUUGUCCGUAGAGCUCCGAGACAGGAUUAUGCCAAGGCACAGAUCUAGGGAAGGGUACCAAAAAAUGUCUGCAGCAUUGAAGGUCUCCAAGAACACAGUGGCCUCCAUCAUUCUUAAAUGGAAGAAGUUUGGAACUACCAAUACCCUUCCUAGAGCUGGCCACCCGGCCAAACUGAGCAAACGGGGGAGAAGGGCCUUGGUCAGGAAGGUGACCAAGAACCCGAUGGUCACUCUGACAGAGCUCCAGAGUUCCUCUGUGGAGAUGGGAGAACCUUCCAGAAGGACAACCAUCUCUGCAGCACUCCACCAAUCAGGCCUUUAUGGUAGAAUGGCCAGACGGAAGCCACUCCUCAGUAAAAGGCACAUGACAGCCUGCUUGGAGUUUGCCAAAAGGCACCUAAAGGACUCUCAGACCAUGAAAAACAAGAUUCUCUGGUCUGAUGAAACCAAGAUUGAACUCUUUGGCCUGAAUGCCAGGUGGCACCUGUCCUAGCAGGUGGCACCUGACAAAGGUGCCAGAUCUGUACUGAUUGGCUCCUAUCUGGAAGCCAAACCUAAUAUAGGGCCAUGCACCCAUUUUUGUAAGUUUGUUGGCUAGUAGGUCUAGUCCUGUAGGUCUGAAAUUGGCUGGUACGCUAGCCUACCAUAUGUAGAAUCCAUUUCGCAUACCCUUAAGAUGUGUUUUACUGCUUUUUCCUGUCCUUCUCAAAGAGAAGCUGUCAGGGAUAACCAUUUGUACUUUUUUUGUCAUAAGGAUGAAGGGGUCACUGCAAUGCUUCACAGUUCUUCUGCUUGGUGGUAAGUACUAGAUAGUGAGCAAGCAAUCUUUUUUUCUUAUUGAGACCAAAAUAUUUUGUGUAGACAAAACUGGAGGAUAACAAGGUCAGGUCCUGUUAUUGUCCGGAAUAACAAUGAAUUGCACUGAGGGAGAGUUUCAGGUUUUCCCACAUGAAAACAUACUAUAGUAUAAUAUGGUAUAAAUAUUGUAGUAUUACUAUAUUUAUAUACUGUAGUAUUUACAGUAAUGUUUUUGCGGACAUGACUGUAGUAUACUGUAGUAUUUACUGUAGUGUUUUUGCUGACUUGACAGUAGUGCACUGUAGUAUUUACUGUUGUGUUUUUGCGGACAUUACUGUAGUCUACUGUAGUAUUUACUAUAGUGGUUUUGUUUUAUUAUCUUUGACAUAGUAGUGGAGGCUUCCUACUUGAGGAAACUUACUCGACAAAUACUAAAAGAGCACAUUUUCCAUAACCUGUAGGAUUUGCGUCUGAACAGAUAGUUGAGCACUUCUGCUCUUUUCUAUAACAUGUAGAGAACACAAUACAGUGAGGGAAAAAAGUAUUUGAUCACCUGCUGAUUUUGUACGUUUGCCCACUGACAAAGACAUGAUCAGUCUAUAAUUUUAAUGGUAGGUUUAUUUGAACAGUGAGAGACAGAAUAACAACAACAAAAAUCGCAUGUCAAAAAUGGUAUAAAUUGAUUUGCAUUUUAAUGAGGGAAAUAAGUAUUUGAUCCCCUCUGCAAAACAUGACUUAGUACUUGGUGGCAAAACCCUUGUUGGCAAUCACAGAGGUCAGACGUUUCUUGUAGUUGGCCACCAGGUUUGCAUACAUCUCAGGAGGGAUUUUGUCCCACUCCUCUUUGCAGAUCUUCUCCAAGUUAUUAAGGUUUCGAGGCUGACGUUUGGCAACUCGAACCUUCAGCUCCCUCCACAGAUUUUCUAUGGGAUUAAGGUCUGGAGACUGGCUAGGCCACUCCAGGACCUUAAUGUGCUUCUUCUUGAACCACUCCUUUGUUGCCUUGGCCGUGUGUUUUGGGUCAUUGUCAUGCUGAAAUACCCAUCCACGAUCCAUUUUCAAUGCCCUGGCUGAGGGAAGGAGGUUCUCACCCAAGAUUUGACGGUACAUGGCCCUGUCCAUCGUUCCUUUGAUGCGGUGAAGUUGUCCUGUCCCCUUAACAGAAAAACACCCCCAAAGCAUAAUAUUUCCACCUCCAUGUUUGACGGUGGGAAUGGUGUUCUUGGGGUCAUAGGCAGCAUUCCUCCUCCUCCAAACACGGCGAGUUGAGUUGAUGCCAAAGAGCUCGAUUUUGGUCUCAUCUGACCCAGUUCUCCUCUGAAUCAGAUGUUCAUUGGCAAACUUCAGACGGCCCUGUAUAUGUGCUUUCUUGAGCAGGGGGACCUUGCGGGCGCUGCAGGAUUUCAGUCCUUUAAGAGUGUGCUCCUAAUCUCAGCUCGUUACCUGUAUAAAAGUCACCUGGGAGCCAGAAAUCUUUCUGAUUGAGAGGGGGUCAAAUACUUAUUUCCCUCAUUAAAAUGCAAAUCAAUUUAUAACAUUUUUUUUGUUGUUAUUCUGUCUCUCACUGUUCAAAUAAACCUACCAUUAAAAUUAUAGACUGAUCGUGUCUUUGUCAGUGGGCAAACGUACAAAAUCAGCAGGGGAUAAAAUACUUUUUUCCCUCACUGUAGAACAUACACCAACAAUGUGUUGUGAUUACAUUACACCAGAAGAAUAUGUACCACCAAUACACAUUAUUGUCAGAUAUAUAAUUCAGAAAAUACUUGUAUACUGUAAUGUACAGUAGUUUAUCGUAAAUGUAUAGUCCAAGAAGGUAUUAUUCAAUGUAAAUUCAUAGAUAUACUGCAUGUUCCUAUAUUAUAAGAACUGCAUCCUUAUAACACUGCCACAAUAACAAUGUACUGUACCUAUUUCUCUCCCUCAGAUUGGUGAGUCUGUGUUGUCAGAGGAUUGCCUCAUGAUCAUUUCUUUGUCAGUGGGCAAACGUACAAAAUCAGCUGGAGAUCAAAUACAUUUUUCCCUCACUGUAUAUGGUCUAUACUUGGCAUGUAGCUUUCUCACCCAUGGGUGGCACAAAUUGGCAUAUGGGGGAGGGGAAUGGGUGGGGUAUAUGCAAAUUCAAUACUGUAGUAUUACUAUAGAUUUAAAAAUGUAGUGUUUUUGCAGACACUAGUGUUUUUGCAGACAUUAAUGUAGUUUUUUUGUGAAUAAUAUUGUAGUAUUUACUAUAGUAUUCUAUAGUAUACUACAAAAUUAUAUAGUAAGUACUACACAUGAUCGAGGGAUACUACAGUGUUUUGUGUAUUCUACAGCUUACUACAACAUCAGUAAGUACUACACAUGUUAGAGGGAUAGUACAGUAUGUAGUAUAGUAUUCUACAGUAUACUACAAAAUGAUAUGGUAGCACUACACAAUCGAGGGAUACUACAGUGUGUAGUAUAAUAUUCUACAACAUUCUAUAGUAAGCACUACAUGAUUGAGGGAUAUUACAGAGUGUAGUAUAGUAUUCUACAGUGUACUACAAUUUACUACAGAAUGCUAUACCAUUCUAUAGUACAUACUAUAGUAUACUAUAUUAAACUGUAGUAUGUUUUCAUGUGGAGUGUUUUUCCCAUGAAAUUUACCAAGGUUGUCUUUCUCUACAGACUAAACAAAGUCAGAUAACAACGUUUUUCUCCCUCACCAAAUCAUAAUAUUGUCAUUAUCUAGCACUACUUUAACUGCACUAUCAAGUUUAACUUCAGAAUUUAUGUUGCAUCAGAAAUAGAUAUUGUGUAAUGUUGGUGGCUUACUUAUCCUAAGUGAACUAAACGUGUUUUCCAUAGAUUUGAUUUAAAAAAUUUAAACAAAUGGUUUCUGCUGGGCCGGCAGGGAAAGAGUUUGUCGCAGCCUUCAUGCAAAAUUAUAUUGAAGACUAUAAGGGCUCAAGCUUUAAGAUUGAAGUGGCAGCUCACCCCCACCUCCCUCCACCUCACUAAGGUCAAGGUAACUGCCCUUGGGAAGGUCUACGAGAAGACAGUUGGCCCUGGUAAAGGCGUGACCUUUGACCUACCCGAAGGAGUGGAGAUGAUUGGCAGCAAGAAGAACCUCCCAACUGUCCUGAUUGAAGCUUCCCAGGAGGUCACAGUGUUGUCCUUCAACUAGAAGAAGGAAACAGCUGACACCUCUGUCGUCUAUCCCGUGAAGGACUGGGGAACAGAGUACUUCAUCUUCACCCCCAAGUCAAUCGCUGGUGAUACAUUCUCCAAAGAGUUUUCCAUCACCAACAAACAAAGAGAAUAACUUUAGGGUUUAGGUUUAUCUGACUUCCCCGGUGACAUUCCAAAGGCAAACGUAUCAUGAGAGUGUACAGAUUCAGAGCCAGUUUGAUCUGAGUGGCUCCAAGGUGAUCUCUAUGCUCCCAGUAGGAGUCUUAUCAGGACACAGCUGUACUGAGAAAUAUACUGGCUGCAACCACAUCUAUGAGCAGCUCCAGCUCAUUAACAGUUGGGGGAAUGAAUUAAUUGUUGCACCACUACCUUUCCAUAAAGACAUCAACAGAUAUGAUAAUCUUUACAUCCAAACAUCUCAGUUCACUCAAGUUAAACUGAGUCAAACUGGUCUUGAUUCCAUUAUGCUACCAAUGUUCCCAGGACAAACGUUUGAGCUCUUUGUCACCUGGCCAAAUUCCUAUUAAUUGAACGCUAACAAAGGCAUUCAGGUCCUGUUUGAGUUCAACGGAGGUGAUGGAGGUGACGUAGGAAAGAAGCAAUACUACGACCCUUUUCUGUUCACCAUUCUACCAACUGAUCAAUUCAGCACUUCAUACUCUCUAGAGGCGCAAGUUGGCUUCAACAACAUGUUCGUAAUGAUGGCUCGCACCAAGGACCUGGGUGGGUUCACGGUAGACAAGUUUCCAAUGCCCAUUAACAUUGAGUGGCACAAAGUGGACAGAAUCGUGUACUCAUGGGCUGAGGUCUUGUAUGGUACUGGAGCUAGCUUCCUCCAGAUAGCCCAUGCUAACUCCCCAUUUGCUAUCUACAGCAUUGGUGGGGCUUAUACCAAUGGCUACGGGUCCCCUGCCUCUGGUAACCCAAGUAUGUCAAUCAAAUGUGUCAUAUUGUGUAUCAAGCAACAGCGAUUCUCCCAAGGGUGACUAUUUAACACUAGCUGUGUGACUGUGUAACCAUAGUUUGAUUCUCUACCGUUAACUUAAUCAGAUCUAUGCCUUGCCUUCUAAUGAUGCCCUUAUGUCCCUAAUGAUGCCCUUAUGCCCCUGAAUGCCCAGAGAACAGCCACUAUGAGGUGUGUGGAAGGGGCUUCCCUGCCACCUGUGAAGACCCAGAAGGUCCCUCUAUAUGCAAAACCAGUUGUGUGAAGGGCUGUACCUGUGACAAGGGCUAUGUGCUUAAUGGGAACAAGUGUGUGCCCAAAUCCCAGUGUGGAUGCCUGUACAGCGGUCGCUUUGUGAAAGCUGGAGCGUCCUUCCGGGGGGAUGAGCAGUGCAUAGAGAGGUGUACAUGCAACCCAUCCAGCUUGAAAAUUGAAUGCAAGAGCACUGUCUGUCCUCUUGAGCAGGAGUGCCAGAUGGUUGAUGGGAAGAGAGACUGCCACCCGAUGGCCUAUUCCACAUGCAUGGUGUCUGGUGACCCAGAGUACUGCACCUUCGAUGGCCACCAUUACAGCUUCCAGGGCACCUGUGUGUAUCAGAUGGCUGGCAUUUGCCCUUGAGCACUUUGAUGUCCUAGUGAAAAUGACGUCCGUAGUAAAAAACCGGGCUCCAGCACUAAGUUGGUGGAGGUCGUUGUUUAUGGACACACCAUUGUCAUCAGCAAAGAACACAAAGUUCUGGUGAGUUAUGCUGGGAUAUAUUCACUUUUAUUCACUGUUUGUUGUAAAUAGAUAUAUCUGUAUUUCUUCUUUAUUCAUCCAUUCCAACCAAUAUUCAGACAUUCUACAUUUUCUCUACAGGUAGAUGAAGAGCCUACCAACCUCCCAGUCAAACUGUUCAAAGGUAAGGUGCAAAUGGACCUGAGUAGUGGCUUUGCAGUGGUUCACACUGACUUUGGGGUGAAAGUGUUCUACGACUGGCACUCCACAUCAUUUGUCACCGUCCCCCACACUUACGCUGGUGUAAUGUGUGGCAUGUGUGGUAAUUACAACCUCAAACUCAACGAUGAAAUGCAGAUGAAGAAUGGAAAGCAGGCUGCCACACCAGAGGAGCUUGGUCAGAGCUGGAGAGUUGCAGAGAUCCCUGGUUGUGUCUAUGGCUGUAAAGACAAUAACCAUUGUCCUAACUGUGACAUCACACAGAAAGAGAAUUUUGAGACCAAUGAGUUCUGUGGUAAAAUCCAAGACCCCAAGGGUCCCUUCCACAACUGCCACGCCAAGGUGGAUCCCAACAGCUUCUUUGAUGACUGUGUUUACGAUGUAUGCCUUAACAAUGGCAACAAGAACACACUAUGCAGUAGCCUCCAAACGUACACUACAGCAUGCCAGCAGAAAGGAACUGUGGUCUUUGCAUGGAGGUCCAAAGACUUCUUUGGUGAGUCAGACAUUCCAUAUUUCACAUUGACCUUAUAUCAAUAUUAUUCUUUACAGAGUUUUUCCCCCAACAUUUAUUAAUCAAACUUUAAUCAAUUCCAGAGUUCAAACACCCUGCGAACAGUCACUAUGGGAUUUGUGCCAAUGGUUGUCCUGCUACUUGUGAUAGCCUGUCUGCCCCCACCAGCUGUAAGGCUCUGUGUCAGGAAGGAUGGGUUUGUGAUGCUGGUUUCCUUCUCAGCGGAGACCAAUGUGUGCUCCUCUCCCAAUGUGGUUGUCUUUAAAACGAUAGAUACUACAAAAAUUGACAAGUCUUCCAUCCCAAUGGACUCUGCCAGGAGGAGUGCACAUGCAAUGGCAAGGUAGGUUUACAUUGGUAUUAGUAAAGCAUGCCUAUGCAUUCAGUAAAUAAUUCAAAUGUAGCUAGCUGUAUGUGUAUUAACAUUUUGGAUUGAUGGAUGCAUGGUUUAGUUUGUCAAUUAAAAUAUUUGAGCAAAGAAACAAAUCUGUUGACCCUUGAGCAAGGCACUUAACCCUAAUUGCUCUGAAUAAGAGUGUCUGCUAAAUGACUAAAAUAUUGAUCAAAUCAAGUGUUAAUCUAUACACCCAACAAUACAUGUUUUUAUGUGAAGGCUAUUUUCAUGGCUUAACUAAGUAUUUCUUAUGUUAUUCAUCAGGUGAAGUGUGUGAAGUUCAGCUGUGGCCCCAUGACAAGUGUGAGGUGAAGAAUGGUGUCAGGGCUUGCCAGGCUGUUGGAAAGGGAGUCUGCACUAUCUCAGGCGACCCACAUUACAACACCUUUGACAACAGCACCUAUGACUUCCAAGGCACCUGCACCUACACUGCAGAUCAAGGCUGCCAUCUAGAGGGCACACACCUCAAGCCCUUCUCUGUGGUGGUGGAGAACGAGAAGUGGUACGGCAUGUCAAACCAUCCAAACGUAUCCGUUGCCAAGCUUGUGGCUGUAGAAGUCUAUGGUAACACCAUGGUUCUAAGGAAGAAUCAAGCGGGAAUGAUAAUGGUUAGUAUUUCAUUUUACUGGUAUGACAAAUAUAUACAUACCAUUUUUGUGUUUGAUUAAUUAAUAUGAGACAAUUCCAUCAUAAUUUUAAGAUAAUAAAUGAGGUCAUAAAAUAAAACUUUAUAACUAACCUAUUGGAUAUAAUUAGGUAAGGCGUGAUACUGACCCUUUGGCAUUGUCAUAUUUCAUAUGUCAUUCAUCCAGGUAAAUGGAAUUAUGAUGAGCCUCCCUGUGACUCUAAACAACGGAGCAGUGCAGGCCUACCAAGAGGGCACCUAUGAUGUCAUCACAACAGACUUCGGCCUGAGAGUCACCUAUGACCUUGUAUACCACCUCAUUGUCACCGUCCCUGGCAACUACAGGGACAAGACCUGUGGUCUGUGUGGCAAUUUAAACGACAACAAGAAUGAUGAGUUCCAACUGCCUGAUGGGAAUAUAACCAAGGACCUCAUGACCUUUGGGGCAGCCUGGAAGAUCAGUGUGCCGCAUGUGGUUUGUGAGGACGGCUGCAGCGGAGAAUUCUGCCAAGUGUGACGCUAAGAAUAAAACCAUAUUUGAGGCCGACUGUAGUCUCAUCACAAACCCUAAAGGUCCCUUUGCCUCCUGCCACAAUGUGAUAGACUCCGCCUCUUACUUCAGAGAUUGUGUCUAUGAUGUCUGCUUAUCUGAGGGAGACCGUAAGGUUCUCUGUGACAGCAUAUCAGCAUACAUGAUCGACUGUCAGGACUUUGGGGUGAACAUCAGUAACUGGAGAACACCAACCUUCUGUCGUAAGUAUUCAGUAAACUGUGGAUUGGGACAGAUGUCUUUGGCUUUUUCUAUAUAUUCUGUCUGUAUAUUCUGAUUAUUGUUGUCAGCACCAUUUCAUCAGGUCAAAUUCCUGGAACAUGCAAAUGUACUCGGCGAAUAAAGGGGAUUCUGAUUCCUGCAGUCUGGAGUAUUGAGUGUUAAGGCUGGACACAAUAUCGCAUGUCUAAUCUAUUCCUCUGCAGCCCUGGACUGUCCUGCCAACAGCCACUACUAGACCUGCUCUGAGAUCUGUGCCACCCCAUGUCCCGGCCUCUCUGACAUUAUCACCUGCCCCACCACCUGUGCGAGGGCUGUGCAUACAAUGCAGACUACUACUUCAAUGGGACAGGCUGUGUUAAGUGGGACCUGUGCAGCUGUUACCACAAAUGACGCACCUACAAGGUGGGGUUUACCUACAGUGAGGGAAAAAAGUAUUUGAUCCCCUGCUGAUUUUGUACGUUUGCCCACUGACAAAGAAAUGAUCAGUCUAUAAUUUUUAUGGUAGGUUUAUUUGAACAGUGAGAGACAGAAUAACAACAAAAAAAUCCAGAAAAACGCAUGUCAAAAAUGUUAUGAAUUGAUUUGCAUUUUAAUGAGGGAAAUAAGUAUUUGACCCCCUCUCAAUCAGAACGAUUUCUGGCUCCCAGGUGUCUUUUAUACAGGUAACGAUGUCACGGUUUCGGCCGAGGCUGCUCCUCUUCCUUGUUCGGGCAGGCUUCGGCGGUCGUCGUCUCCGGAGUACUAGCUGCCACCGUUCUAUGUUUCAUGUUCUGUUGGUUUUGUCUGUUUCAUAACACCUGUCCCUUAUUUGUGUCUUAAUUGUUUCCCUUAUUUAGUUCGUGUGUUUGGGUCAGGUGUUAUGCGUGAUUGUUUUGUGUCAGACUGCCUCGUUAGGGUAUUUUCUCUCGUUGUUGGCUUGACCCGAGAGUUCGCACUGCGUGCGCUUUUCUGGUGUUUUACGCAUUGUGUUUUGUGCGUAAUUGUUUUGCGCCACCCGGUUGGGUUGGCGACUAUUUUGUUCACGUGUUGAACGUACUAUAAAGUCUAUUGAAGUCAUCCUGGAUCCUGCGCUUGAUUCCUUCCACUCAUCUACACACACCACUCUGACAGAAUCACGCAUCCCCCAUGGAAUCAGCAGGAGCGACCGCGCCGACGGCCGAGAUGGCUGAACGUCUUCGUGGUCAGGAGGACCGCAUCAACCAGGUCUGUCAUGCCCUGGAGGGGGUGAUGAAUACUCUGCACCGAUGGGAGACCAGCGGGGUUCCCACACCUCCAGGAACCGAACCAGCCCCAUCGGCCAGCCCCCCCGUCUCAUCUCCGGAACCUAGUAGGAUUCGGCUCUCGCUCCCGAGGGCGUACGACGGCUCCACUGCCGGGUGUCAAGGAUUCCUGCUGCAGGUGGAGCUCUACCUCGCCACCGUCCACCCGGCGCCCUCGGGACACGAGAGCGUCUCAGCCCUCAUCUCCUGUCUCACCGGCAAGGCGUUGGAGUGGGCCAACGCCGAGUGGAGGAGAAUGGACGCCGCUACUACGAACUAUGCGGAGUUCUCCCGCCGCUUCCGUGCUGUGUUCGACCAUCCACCGGAAGGGAAGGCGGCGGGGGAACGUCUGUUCUACCUCCGACAGGGGAUGAGGAGCGCCCAGGACUUUGCCUUAGAGUUCCGGACCCUAGCGGCUGAUGCAGGGUGGAAUGAGCGGGCCCUUAUCGACCAUUUCCGCUGCAGCCUCCGGGAGGACGUCCAGCGAGAGUUGGCGUGCAGGGACACGUCGUUGACGUUCGACCAGCUGGUCGACAUGGCCAUCCGGCUGGAUACCCUGCUCGCCACCCGUGGGCGUCCCGGAGGGGGGGGUUCGCCCAUUCCACUCUCCAGCACCUCCGAGCCGAGCCCUAUGGAGCUCGGAGGUGCUGGCGCUAGGGAACGGAGGAGGAGGAGCCCGAGGGGACCUGGCCCUUGCACCAACUGUGGUCGUGGAGGACACACCGCGGCUAGGUGUUGGGGCGGGUCCUCCAGUGGGGGAGAUGGCAGGUCACGCAUUGGGGGGUCCACCCAGGUGAGUAGGCGCCCUGCUUACCCAGAGCUUUCUGUCGUGCACCUAACCUUGCCUGUUUGUUUCCCACAGGUUGCACCUCGUUCCCAGCAUAAGGCGCUGGUAGAUUCAGGCGCAGCUGGGAAUUUUGUAGAUCGCCAGUUCUGUAUAGAGUUAGGGAUUCCCCUCCUUCCAGUGGAUAAACCUUUCCCCGUCCAUGCCCUAGAUAGUCGUCCGUUAGGGUCUGGGUUGAUUAGGGAAGUCACAGCACCCAUUCAGAUGACGGCGCAGGAGGGUCAUGAGGAGAGAAUUCAGCUCUAUCUGAUUGACUCUCCUGCGUAUCCGGUAGUGCUGGGUCUUCCCUGGUUGAUGACUCAUGACCCUAUUAUUAGGUGGCGAGAGAAAGCUCUUAAAGGGUGGUCUGCUCAAUGUGAGGGGCGGUGUCUGGGUGUUUCCAUAGGGGCGACCUCGGUGGAGAGUCCGAAUCUAAUGCCAGCACUGCAGAUUCCCCCCGAGUAUGAGGAUUUGGCACUGGCGUUCAGUAAGACUCGGGCGGCGCAGCUGCCGCCUCAUAGACGGGGGGAUUGUGCGAUAGAUCUCCAGUCAGGAGCAGCUCUCCCGCGGAGCCAUGUGUAUCCCUUGUCUCAAGAGGAGAGAAAGGCUAUGGAGACAUACAUCUCUGAGUCUCUGAGACAGGGAUACAUACGGCCCUCCGUUUCACCCGCUUCCUCAAGUUUCUUUUUUGUAAAGAAAAAGGAUGGAGGUCUGCGCCCGUGUAUUGAUUACCGCGGUCUCAAUCAGAUCACAGUGAAGUACAGCUAUCCACUUCCUCUGAUUGCGACUAUGACGGAGUCACUGCACGGUGCGCAGUUCUUUACAAAAUUGGAUCUUAGGAGCGCAUAUAACUUGGUACGCAUUCGAGCGGGCGAUGAAUGGAAGACAGCGUUUAGCACGACUUCCGGACACUACGAGUAUCUAGUCAUGCCAUAUGGGUUGAUGAAUGCUCCCUCAGUCUUCCAAUCCUUCGUCGAUGAGAUUUUCCGGGACAUGCAGGGACAGGGAGUAGUUGUGUACAUCGACGACAUUCUGGUGUAUAGUCCUACCCGUGCUGAGCAUGUAGCCCUGGUGCGCCGAGUAUUGAGGAGGCUGUUGGAGCAUGACCUAUAUGUCAAGGCAGAGAAAUGUCUGUUUUUCCAGAAGUCGGUCUCCUUUCUGGGUUACCAGUUGUCUGCGUCAGGGGUGAAGAUGGAGGUAGACCGGGCGUCAGCUGUGCGUAAUUGGCAGACCCCAACCACUGUGAAGGAGGUGCAACGGUUCUUGGGUUUUGCGAAUUAUUACCGGAGGUUUAUCCGGGGUUUUGGACAGGUGGCAGCUCCCAUAACGUCUCUGUUAAAGGGGGGUCCGGUGCGCUUGCGGUGGUCAGCUGAGGCGGACAGGGCAUUUGGGAGACUAAAGGACCUGUUUACCUCGGCGCCGGUGUUGGCGCAUCCGGAUCCUUCUUUACCGUUCCAAGUAGAGGUGGACGCGUCAGAGGCCGGGAUAGGGGCCGUUCUUUCCCAGCGUUCUGGCACUCCACCUAAACUCCGUCCCUGUGCGUUCUACUCUAAGAAGCUCAGUCCGGCGGAGCGGAAUUAUGACGUAGGAGACAGGGAGCUGUUAGCCGUGGUACAGGCCCUAAAGGUGUGGCGGCAUUGGCUCGAGGGGGCUCAACACCCUUUCCUCAUUCUAACUGACCAUCGUAACCUGGAGUACAUCCGGGCAGCUAGGAGACUGAAUCCUCGCCAGGCUCGUUGGACUAUGUUCCUAGCCCGGUUUGUGUUUAAGAUCACAUACAUCCCUGGGUCCCAGAACGGGAAGGCAGAUGCGCUGUCUCGGCGGUAUGACGCAGAGGAGAGGUCAGUUGAGUCCACGCCCAUACUACCGGAGUCUUGUCUGGUUGCUCCGGUGGUGUGGGAGGUUGAUGGUGAGAUCGAGCGGGCGUUACGCACCGACCCGAGUCCUCCACAGUGUCCUGUGGGUCGGACGUACGUUCCGCUCGAGGUACGCGAUCGCCUCAUUUGUUGGGCUCAUACGUCCCCCUCCUCUGGCCAUCCGGGUAUCGGCCGGACAGUGCACUGCCUUAGCACGAAGUACUGGUGGCCAACGUUAGCUAGGGAUGUGAGGAUUUAUGUCUCCUCCUGUUCGGUGUGUGCCCAGUGUAAGGCGCCCAGACAUUUGCCCAGGGGUAAGUUACAACCCCUGCCUAUUCCACAACGACCCUGGUCCCACCUCUCGGUGGAUUUUGUUACCGACCUCCCCCCCUCACAGGGGAAUACUACCAUCCUGGUCGUUGUGGAUCGGUUCUCUAAGGCCUGUCGUCCCCGAGCUCCGGGUCGGCGCACGGCUGGAGUCGCGCGUCAAGGGGGGGGUACUGUCACGGUUUCGGCCGAGGCUGCUCCUCUUCCUUGUUCGGGCAGGCUUCGGCGGUCGUCGUCUCCGGAGUACUAGCUGCCACCGUUCUAUGUUUCAUGUUCUGUUGGUUUUGUCUGUUUCAUAACACCUGUCCCUUAUUUGUGUCUUAAUUGUUUCCCUUAUUUAGUUCGUGUGUUUGGGUCAGGUGUUAUGCGUGAUUGUUUUGUGUCAGACUGCCUCGUUAGGGUAUUUUCUCUCGUUGUUGGCUUGACCCGAGAGUUCGCACUGCGUGCGCUUUUCUGGUGUUUUACGCAUUGUGUUUUGUGCGUAAUUGUUUUGCGCCACCCGGUUGGGUUGGCGACUAUUUUGUUCACGUGUUGAACGUACUAUAAAGUCUAUUGAAGUCAUCCUGGAUCCUGCGCUUGAUUCCUUCCACUCAUCUACACACACCACUCUGACAAACGAGCUGAGAUUAGGAGCACACUCUUAAAGGGAGUACUCCUAAUCUCAGCUUGUUACCUGUAUAAAAGACACCUGUCCACAGAAACAAUCAAUCAGAUUCCAAACUCUCCACCAUGGCCAAGACCAAAGAGCUCUCCAAGGAUGUCAGGGACAAGAUUGUAGACCUACACAAGGCUGGAAUGGGCUACAAGACCAUCGCCAAGCAGCUUGGUGAGAAGGUGACAACAGUUGGUGCGAUUACUCGCAAAUGGAAGAAACACAAAAGAACUGUCAAUCUCCCUCGGCCUGGGGCUCCAUGCAAGAUCUCACCUCGUGGAGUUGCAAUGAUCAUGAGAACGGUGAAGAGUCAGCCCAGAACUACACGGGAGGAUCUUGUCAAUGAUCUCAAGGCAGCUGGGACCAUAGUCACCAAGAAAACAACUGAAAACCUGCAGCGCCCGCAAGGUCCCCCUGCUCAAGAAAGCACAUAUACAUGCCCGUCUGAAGUUUGCCAAUUAACAUCUGAAUGAUUCAGAGGAGAACUGGGUGAAAGUGUUGUGGUCAGAUGAAACCAAAAUGGAGCUCUUUGGCAUCAACUCAACUCGCCGUGUUUGAAGGAGGAGGAAUGCUGCCUAUGACCCCAAGAACACCAUCCCCACCAUCAAACAUGGAGGAGGAAACAUUAUGCUUUGGGGGUGUUUUUUCUGCUAAGGGGACAGGACAACUUCACCGCAUCAAAGGGACGAUGGACAGGGCCAUGUACGGGGCCAAAAACCAUCAUGACCCAAAACACACGGCCAAGGCAACAAAGGAGUGGCUCAAGAAGAAGCACAUUAAGGUCCUGGAGUGGCCAGUCUCCAGACCUCAAUCCCAUAGAAAAUCUGUGGAGGGAGCUGAAGGUUCGAGUUGCCAAACAUCAGCCUCGACACCUUAAUGACUUGGAGAAGAUCUGCAAAGAGGAGUGGGACAAAAUCCCUCCUGAGAUGUGUGCAAAUCUGGUGGCCAACUACAAGAAACGUCUGACCUCUGUGAUUGCCAACAAGGGUUUUGCCACCAAGUACUAAGUAAUGUUUUGCAGAGGGGUCAAAUACUUAUUUCCCUCAUUAAAAUGCAAAUCAAUUUAUAAAAUGUUUGACAUGCGUUUUUCUGGAUUUUUUUGUUGUUAUUCUGUCUCACACUGUUCAAAUAAACCUACCAUUAAAAUUAUAGACUGAUCGUGUCUUUGUCAGUGGGCAAACGUACAAAAUCAGCAGGGGAUAAAAUACUUUUUUCCCUCACUGUAGAACAUACACCAACAAUGUGUUGUGAUUACAUUACACCAGAAGAAUAUGUACCACCAAUACAUAUUAUUGUCAGAUAUAUAAUUCAGAAAAUACUUGUAUACUGUAAUGUACAGUAGUUUAUCGUAAAUGUAUAGUCCAAGAAGGUAUUAUUCAAUGUAAAUUCAUAGAUAUACUGCAUGUUCCUAUAUUAUAAGAACUGCAUCCUUAUAACGCUGCCACAAUAACAAUGUACUGUACCUAUUUCUCUCCCUCAGAUUGGUGAGUCUGUGUUGUCAGAGGAUUGCCAGGAGCUCUGUACCUGUACUGCCUCUGGUGAUGUGAAGUGUAAGGUGAACAAGUGCAAGGCUGACAAAAGAUGCCAAGUCAAGAAUGGUCACCGGGGCUGCGAUCUCAAAAAGUGUUUGAUGGAGGCUGAUAGCUCCUUCACCCUGUUCAAUGGAAGAGGUGGUGAAAUCACAGCCAUUGGGACCUACGAGAUAACCAAAGAUUGUGAAAAUGCUCUGGUGGAAGUGGUUCAGAGUGGUGGUGAAGUUGCAGGCCUGUGGGAAGACUGGCCUCAAGAGCGUUGUUGCUGUGUACGUCUACUUUAAUGACCUGAUCGUCACUGUCAACAGCAAGCAUGAAACUUGGGUGAGUUCAUAGAUGAUGUACAUUCAUUUAUAGAUUAUUAAAGAUUGUUUAUGGAUGACACCAGUUCCCUUCGGUAUCUAGGAUUGUGAGAUUGUAGACUAUUCCAUCCGUGUUACUUUCUUUUUCAAUGUUGUUCACAGAUCAACGGUAAGAAGGUGACUCUACCCCGCCUGCUGAGUAAUGAGGUCUCAGUGAAGGUCUCUGACAAGACACUGACGAUUGAGAGGAUGUCAGGCCUUCAGGUGUCAUACAGCCUCUCUCAGGAGAUCACAGUGACAGUGAGUGCCAAUAUGGCUGACAAGGAGACAAUAGUCUCCACCUGA